GGCGGGCGCUGCCGCCGCGCGCAGGCGCAGUGCGGACGCCGGCACCGCUAUAAGGCUGUGGUUUGGCUGCGGGGCGGCGGAGUGCAGCAGCUGGCGCCGGGCUGAGAUUUUCCUGAGGUGCCAAUCCACGGGUAAACCCUGGCGUUGACGGCAGGAGAAGAUGAAAGACAUCGACAUAGGAAAAGAGUACGUCAUACCCAGCCCGGGGUACAGGAGCGCGCGGGAGAGAGCCGGCUCCGAGGAGCCGGACGAGCUGAAACUCCAGCAAGCUAAACACAAGCAGGUGGAAUGCCAAGAUGCCUUGGAAGCAGCAGCUCGAGCAGAAGGCCUACCUCUGGAUACCUCCAUACACUCCCAGCUGAGAAUGUUGGAUGAGGAGCGUCACAAGGGCAAAUACCACCAUGGCUUGAAUUUGCUGAAACCCAUACGGACAACUUCCAAGCACCAGCACCCUGUUGAUAAUGCAGGACUUUUCUCCUGCAUGACCUUCUCAUGGCUCAGUCCUCUAGCCAGCAGAGCACACAAGAAAGGGGAGUUAUUUAUGGAUGACGUAUGGCCUUUGUCAAAGCAUGAGUCUUCAGAAGUCAACUGCAGAAGGUUGGAGAGAUUGUGGCAGGAAGAGCUGAAGGAAAUGGGGCCUGACGAUGCUUCUCUCCGGAGGGUUGUGUGGGUCUUCUGCCGCACCAGGCUCAUCAUUUCCAUAGUGUGUCUGAUGAUCACACAACUCGCGGGUUUCAGUGGACCAGCGUUUGUUGUGAAACACCUGCUGGAGUACACACAGCAAAAUGAGUCCAACCUGCAGUACAGCCUGUUGUUAGUUUUUGGCAUCUUUAUGACGGAAAUAGUGCGCUCCUGGUCCCUGGCGCUAACCUGGGCGUUAAAUUACCGCACGGGGGUCAGACUGCGGGGAGCUAUCCUGACUAUGGCAUUCAAGAAAAUUCUCAAACUGAAGAACAUCAAGGAGAAGUCUUUAGGAGAGCUCAUAAACAUGUGCUCGAAUGAUGGACAGAGAAUGUUUGAGGCUGCUGCAGUUGGCAGUUUGCUGGCUGGGGGCCCCAUUGUUGCCAUCCUGGGCAUGGUUUAUAAUGUGAUUAUUCUGGGCCCAACAGGCUUCUUGGGAUCAGCCGUCUUUAUCCUUUUCUACCCAGCAAUGAUGUUCGUAUCACGGCUCACAGCUUACUUCAGAAGAAAAUGUGUAGCAACGACGGAUGAGCGUGUUCAAAAGAUGAAUGAAGUUCUCAAUUACAUUAAAUUUAUUAAAAUGUAUGCCUGGGUCAAAGCAUUUUCUCAGAAUGUUCAAAAAAUCCGAGAGGAGGAACGUAGGAUCUUGGAACGUGCAGGCUAUUUCCAGAGCAUCACGGUGGGCGUAGCUCCCAUUGUUGUGGUAAUUGCCAGCGUGCUGACAUUCUCUGUCCACAUGAUUCUUGGUUACGACCUCAUGGCAGCUCAGGCUUUCACAGUGGUUACAGUCUUCAAUUCCAUGACUUUUGCCCUAAAAGUAACACCUUUCUCAGUGAAGUCUUUAUCGGAAGCAUCAGUUUCUGUUGACAGAUUUAAGAGUUUGUUUCUAAUGGAAGAGGUUCAUAUGAUAAAGAAAAAACCAGCCAGUCCUCACACCGCGAUAGAGGUGAAAAAUGCUACCUUGGCUUGGGACUUCUCCCACGCCAGCGUCCAGAGCUCACCAAAGUUGACCCCCAAAAUGAAAAAAGACAAGAAAGGCACCAAGGGCAAGAAAGAGAAAAUGAAGCUGCAGAAUGAGGGACAGCAAGCUGUGCUGGCUGAGCAGAAGGGCCAUCUUCUAGUGGACAGUGAUGAUCAUCCUAGCCCCGAGGAGGAGAACAAAAUAAUCAACCUGGUUAAUCUUCGGCUUCAGAGGACUCUCUAUAACAUUGACCUGGAGAUAGAAAAGGGCAAACUAGUUGGGAUUUGCGGCAGCGUGGGGAGUGGAAAGACCUCGCUUAUUUCAGCCAUUUUAGGGCAGAUGACCCUCCUGGAGGGUAGCAUAGCAGUAAGUGGAACCUUUGCUUACGUGGCCCAACAGGCCUGGAUUCUCAACGCGACGCUUCGAGACAACAUACUUUUUGGGAAGGAAUACGACGAAGAAAGAUACAAUAUUGUGCUGAAUGGCUGCUGUCUGAGACCUGACCUAGCCAUCCUGCCUAAUGGGGACCUGACAGAGAUUGGUGAACGAGGAGCUAAUCUGAGUGGAGGACAGCGCCAGAGAAUCAGCCUUGCCCGAGCCCUAUACAGUGACAGGAGUAUUUACAUCCUUGAUGAUCCUUUAAGUGCCUUAGAUGCUCACGUAGGAAACCACAUUUUUAACAGUGCAAUAAGGAAGCAUUUGAAGUCAAAGACUGUCCUGUUCGUCACCCAUCAGCUCCAGUACCUUGUUGACUGUGACGAAGUGGUCUUCAUGAAAGAGGGUUGUAUUACUGAGAGAGGAAGCCACGAGGAGCUGAUGAAUUUAAAUGGUGACUAUGCAACCAUUUUUAAUAGCCUGCAGCUGGGAGAGACACCACACAUUGAGAUUAAUAAUGCAAAGAAGAACAGCAGCAGUUCAUUAAAAAGACCCCAGGAAAAGGGCACCAAAGCUGGAUCUGUGAAGAAGGAGAAAGUGGUGAAGAAGGAAGAAGGUCAACUGGUGCAGUUGGAAGAGAAGGGCAAAGGCUCUGUCCCCUGGUCUGUUUAUGGCAUCUAUAUCCAGGCAGCUGGAGGCCCCUUUGCAUUUCUGAUCAUCAUGGCAUUAUUCGUGCUGAAUGUGGGAAGCACAGCAUUCAGCAACUGGUGGCUGAGCUACUGGAUCAAGCAAGGCAGUGGAAACACCACUGUAAUGUUGGGCAACGAGACGGUUGUGAGCAGCAGCAUGAAAGAUAAUCCUCACAUGUCCUACUACGCUGGCAUCUACGCGCUGUCCAUGGGAGUCAUGCUGAUUCUGAAAGCUGUUCGUGGGGUUGUCUUUGUCAAGGGAACACUCAGAGCUUCCUCCAGGCUCCAUGACGAACUCUUCCGAAGGAUUCUGCGUAGUCCCAUGAAGUUCUUUGACACCACGCCCACUGGGCGGAUUCUCAAUCGGUUCUCCAAAGAUAUGGAUGAAGUCGAUGUCCGUUUGCCAUUUCAAGCUGAAAUGUUCAUCCAGAAUGUCAUCCUGGUGUUCUUCUGCGUGGGGGUGAUCUCUGGGGUCUUCCCAUGGUUCCUGAUGGCAGUUGGACCCCUCAUUGUCCUCUUCACAAUCCUGCACGUUGUGUCUAGAGUCUUUAUUCGUGAGCUGAAGCGCCUGGACAACAUCACACAGUCUCCGUUCCUAUCUCACAUUACAUCUAGCAUACAGGGUCUCUCUACAAUCCAUGCCUACAACAAAGGACAGGAAUUUCUGCACAGGUACCAAGAACUGCUGGAUGACAAUCAAGCACCAUUUUACUUGUUUAGCUGCGCCAUGCGCUGGCUGGCCAUCCGACUGGACAUUAUCAGCAUUGCUCUCAUCACAACCACUGGCCUGAUGAUUGUCUUGAUGCAUGGGCAGAUUUCUCCUGCCUAUGCUGGGCUUGCCAUCUCUUACGCUGUCCAGUUGACAGGGUUAUUUCAGUUUACAGUCAGACUGGCUUCAGAAACAGAGGCUCGCUUCACCUCGGUGGAGAGGAUCGAUCAUUACAUCAAGACGCUUUCUCUGGAAGCUCCAGCUCGAAUUAAGAAUAAAGCUCCCCCUCUGGACUGGCCACAGGAGGGGGAAGUUGCCUUUGAAAAUGCAGAGAUGCGUUACCGGGAGAACCUCCCUCUGGUGCUCAAGAAAGUGUCCUUUACCAUCAAACCCAAGGAGAAGAUUGGUAUCGUUGGGCGGACGGGGUCAGGGAAGUCCUCUCUCGGAAUGGCGCUCUUCCGUCUGGUUGAACUGUCUGGAGGCUGCAUAAAAAUUGAUGGGGUGAAAAUCAAUGACAUCGGUUUAGCAGAUCUCCGCAGCAAACUCUCAAUAAUCCCCCAGGAGCCCGUGUUGUUCAGUGGCACUGUGAGAUCAAACUUGGACCCUUUCAACCAGUACAGUGAGGAGCAAAUCUGGGAUGCUUUGGAAAGGACUCACAUGAAAGAAUGUAUUGCGCAGCUGCCUAUGAAACUGGAAUGUGAAGUGAUUGAAAACGGAGAGAACUUCUCUGUGGGAGAGAGACAGUUACUGUGCAUAGCCCGAGCCUUGCUCCGUCGCUGUAAGGUGCUGAUACUGGAUGAAGCGACAGCUGCUAUGGACACGGAGACUGACUUGCUGAUUCAGGAGACUAUCCGGGAGGCAUUUGCAGACUGCACUAUGCUGACAAUUGCUCACCGCCUGCAUACUGUACUGGGCUCUGAUCGGAUCAUGGUGCUAACACAAGGACAGGCAAUGGAAUUCGACACGCCGUCUGCCCUCCUGGCCAACGAGAACUCGCGCUUCUCCGCCAUGUUUGCUGCUGCAGAGAACAAGGUUGCUGUCAAGGGCUAAUAUUCAGGACAAAGACACUUUAAUUUGGGGCUCCACUCCCUGCCUGUGGCAGGUUUGCUCCCCUUCCUCCUCCUCAUUCUCAAAGCAGAUUAUUGCCUUUUCAUCUUUUAGUUUUUAGUACAAUGUGUCAAGCUGGAGAGUUUUUAAAUCCCUGUGAGAAGACUUCUUCAUGAUUUUAUUACUGUAUUUAUUCCAUCUUCAUAACACUAAAUUUUUUGUUAUUAAAUGCACUCUACAAAUGGCUCAGGGAGCCAUAGUUAUAAAUGUAUCAGAGGCCUAUAAUGAAGCUUUAUACAUGUAGCUAUAUCUAUACAUAAUUCUGUAUAUAGCCUAUAUUUACAGUGGAAAUGUAAGCUGUUUAUUUUAUAUUAAAAUGAGCACUGUAUUAAUAACAGUGCAUAUUCUUUUCUAUCAUUUUUGUACAGUUUACGGUACUGGAGAUCCGGCUUUGUUCAGGCUGUAUCGGACACCGUUUUGUCUCUUACGGUUGGUCUUUUCAUAGUGCCGGAUUUUCUGCGUGUCUGAAUGGAAGUGAAGCUUUGCAGUAGUGUCCUUUAAUGUCCCAUCCGUGUUGUCCAGCGCAGGGGGAAGGGCUCCCUGGUGUAACUGUUGCAUUGUAACUUAUCCAAGAGGUUUGGAGCAUCACCAAUGCUUGCAGUGGCAGCUGCUGCUGCUUCCCAUGAUGCUUUGCCAGGGUGGGGGGUUUAUGAUCUCAAGUGGUUUGGGAGGAAAACCACUUCCAGGUCACCUGAAAUCCCACAACUGCACAGUGUCCUUAGUGCUGUAGGAGAAAUGCAGCAGCAUUUCCUAAGAACUCGACAGGGUUUAGUUAUUUUAACCCAAGCUCUUCCUGCUUCGCUGAUCUGACUCUCACCCAGGAUCUCGAUGUUCAUGGAAUGACCUACAAUCAAAUAAUCAUCAGGUUCACAUCUGUGCCCUGGGGGAUGGCAAUACAGUCUGUCUUUUCAGAGCUGCUCCAGCUGAAUCCUUUAUCCUGAAGCUGCUAAUGCUCCUCACGGGUUUAGGUUGGCUUUUCUUGGCAGAUGUAACACAAACCCUUCAUAUGGCUCAUUUAUACUAAGCUUAUAUAGUACUUCAGCCUUUCCUGUUUUCUCUCCUGCACAACUGUUAUGGAAACAGCCCCCUACCCCACGUCUUCUCUAACUCUAAACAGGUUCCUGCUGAUCAGGGUGUGGCACUGGUGUAGAAUACUGUUUUCUUACUGUAAAGAGACCUACCUCAGGUUACUGAGUCCUGUGUGGUACGUUACCAUGCUCACUGUACACCAUCCCUGUUUUAUGGGACCAGUGGCCCGGGUGGGCAUGGUUGCUCCUGUAAUAGCUGUGACUUAUUGAGCGGUCAGCGUUGCAUGUCUUUGUCAACUUAGACAUUUUGUAGCCUUAGCAUGUUUGCAAAAUGUCUCGUCGAGGCAAACAUCUGAAGUGAAUAAAAACUAUUUUGGGUUUUAUAAA